AUGGAGGAUAUCACCAUAGUGAAGAAGAUUUUGCGUUCCAUUACGCUGAAGUUUGAUUAUGUCGUUUGCGCAAUUGAAGAGUCAGAAGACAUAGAUGAAUUGUAUCUUGCCUCCAAGGAACAAGCUUUGAAGGCUUUUACUGUUAUUUCUUCUUCCAAUUUUAGAGAAAGAGGUAAAGGUAGAUGUAUAGGUAGAGGAAGAGGAGAUCGAGGUAGUAGAGAUGGUGAAAACAAAAAUGAUAGUAGAAAUUACAUAAUCAAUGAUGACCAAAGUAAAGGAAAAGGACAGGAUUUCGAUAAAUCCAAGAUAAAAUGCUUUAGAUGUCAAAAGUUUGAUCAUUGUCGUUUUGAAUGUUAUGCUAGGCUACCAAGUGACAAAGAUGAACAAUCAAAUUUGUUGAGAACAAGGAAGGAGAGACCUUGUUGGUGGCGGUUCAAGUUGAAAAGAAACCUGAACCAAGUGUUAGCUUUGGUGAUUGCUUUACUUUGGGAUGUCAUGGGAAAAGGUAACAUCAAUAUUAGUACCAAGAAUGGUUUUGUGGAAACCAUAUCUAAUGUGUUAUUUCCUCCUAUUUCAAAAGCAAAUUGUUGA